AUGGUCGGCUCUUGGCGGGAGGAGUUCGUUCUCCAGUAAGUUGCCUCCUUACUUAUUUUUCCGUCAACAGCAAACCAUGGGCGGAUGUUAUGCGUGCAGCACAGGUCAAGUAUCCCAAUCCCUUCAAUCCUAACGUUUUGUCCAUCGACGUCAUUUCCCGAGAGGUUGCUUCUGAUGGCGAAACAUUGCGCACAACUAAACUUAUCAACUCUUCUUGGCCGAUGUUUUCCAAUGCUGGAGAGCUUAAGGCCGUAGAGUCGACCACAAUAAAUCCUCGCAAACAAUACAUGCUCCUAGAGUCGAACAACGUGGAUCUUCGCGGUGUACUCAAGGCCUAUGAAAAACUGGAAUACGAAGCCCAUCCUAAAAACAAAGAAUGGUAAGUGCCCUCCACGGAAUGAAUCUUUCUGCCUUUUAUAAGGAAACAACAAGGUACCAAGGUGAUAGUGCUUUGCACUUAUCGUAAAAGCUUGGCUGGGCACUUAUAUUAUUGAAGACAAAGCUGUUAGAAAAGAAUACACAUUGACAGUAAUUUUAUCCGAAUGGUAGCAGUUAUUAAUGGUCAACUGUCUCAUAAGCAGCCAGUAUUUAAUUGUGAUUGGUGGUGGUUGGAUAGGUGACCAAGGUCCGAACUCCAAACCCUGCGAGCAUAAUUGACUCCGGCGUUGAUGUCGCCUAUUUUGUCAGUCAGGCAUUCAUUUGACGCGAAGUUAUUGGAAAUUACCCACCUCUCCGGACUGUUCUGGCCAACGAAAUAGGUCGAUGGAAAUUGUUUUUCGACUUUACCGACUCUGUAACCUCAUUCCUACGCGGUACUUCCUUAGGUAGCCCUCGUUGGCACCUAGAAGCCAAUAUUUUCAGCAUUGUUGAGAUCGAUCAGCGUGCACUCAAGUGUUAGCCCCGGUUAGGAUGUCGAGACAUCCCCCCAAGCCACAUAUGCCACGCGCAGGAGGGUAACAUCCUUUUGUUUGUGCCUGCCAAUCGACUGCGCUUAGAGCCCCACAUCACCUACCAAGUAACGCAUGAGGUUUUUCAUGUGGGAGUAUUUUCAAACCAGCAUUAAAAAUAUUCCAUAAACGGUUCUUACAUAGUAUAGGAGUGUAAUACAAUCCUACCAUUAAUCGUUUGAGUUGUUAAAUAGAAUCCGGAUACCAUGUACGUGUUCUUCAACAAAUCCGGAAAACCCUCUUUGGAAGAACACCCGUUGAUAACAGUACAUUGCACGAACAACGCUGGCUUAAAUAACCAACUUCCCAAUCAAUAUUGUGUGCUGUUUCCGUUUUCUGUUUCUGGCUGUCAUCUUAGGGUUUCGCUGGGGUUGUCUGCGCCUUAAUUCUUUAUAGUCAGAACCGUUUGGAGCCAUCCCACCUACCGGCCGAGUGCAGCGGUCGAUAGAAUACACUGCCGUUAAGCUGUUAACCUUGUCCACAAGGACGCAUGCGAAUGUUGAGUGGUGACAAGCUCCUUCCUCAAUUACAUUUUUUGCCGGAAACUUAAACAUUUUUCUCCACGGGGUCCAAUGCACUUAAUGAAGAAAUCCGGCCAUCCCACGAAGCAGACAGUUUUCGAAAUCUAUGGCGGAAAUUUAGACUGUCCACCCGGUCGGUGUUUUCAUGGUCAGCCCGUAACGCGUGCAGAUACUGUCCGGCCGUUAGUCUAGAUACCGUUUACCCAUGUCCGCUGGCGACGGAUAUUGGACCAACAUUUGACGAGGGCCAGUUGCGAAAUGAGCGAAUUACUGAUUCCCAUGAAUAAGUGAUCACGGUUCUAUCAGGGUGCAAAACACUCACUGAACACUCAUACGUGUAAACUACCUGUCUCUCGCCUUGCUUUUUCCCCUCUGUGUACGUUUGGCUGUACAAUGUGUGGCCGUGGAAGCCAUAAUCUUGGUUCAUGCUGUAGUCGACCAAGCUAACGGCGGUCUCUCAUUUGGCGUCUUGCUCGCAGCAUCAGAUCUACAUCUGACCUUAUCACACUUCACCUUUCCGACUGUCCAAAAAAGCGCCGAGUCGGACUGAGACGGAAAAAUCUGACUUCGCGUUCGUGCCGAUGAGCCGUAGCGCCAAGUCAUCAAACAGUGAUUUUACUCGCCCCCGAUCCUCCUGGCAAUUUUGAACUGAUCCGCGCACGGUUCACUAAACAUGGUUACAGCAGGCCGUGAAAGAAUCACAUGUCCGCCACUUUCAGUUUGUUAGGGUGCUAACGCACCUAGACUGUGUUUCUCCGAGUGGAGUUGCAUAUUCAUAAUCUCGUACAUGCAUCACUUCCGCUUCUUUUGCUGGAGAGGCCUGAUCUGAGAGGGGACUUCAGGACCUGGUGCAGAUUUUAGACACGCCCUAAAUCCCUCGGACCCUCUAUUCUCUCCACAAUAGACACAGCGGUUCUAGUUGAACGAAGUAAUUGCCUCGAAACUCGCCGAACUUGUCGACUAGAGCCCUUAGGUAGUAAUUUGCGGACAACCGUGUGCUCCAAAGCAGGAUGAGAACAGAGACAGUGACUUGCAUGUGAUUUCCUUUAUAGUGACGUACUUGCGCCGCACCUAUCGCGCUCUCCCCCACCUGGGUCCGAUGGCAUGGUAGAGUCAGGAAGACCGCAGGUGGGAGAGGACACAGGUGACUGGCACGGCGGAAACUCGCACCUAGGCAUACCACAACACUCCAUGGUCCGCAGUGUACACUGACCACGAUUUUUCACCAAGAAGAGAGGGGCGGCUCGGAUCCCACUGGGUGGUUGCCAUAGAGAUCAAAUUGAGAAGAUACAAUUGCAGUCCGACUCCCAGACUACCAGCAGGCCACUCCACCCAAACACUGGACUGUAUGCGAGGUCCGAGUCCUCCCCUCAUUUGGCAGCUUUCCAGCCCACGGCGCUCAGCGCACUGUAACAAUUUCAAGUACGUCACAUUGUUUAUGGGAGGAAAUUAUGCGCUGAGAGUCGGCCGCACUCCCUCUUAUCCUAUCCCGCGCACCAGUCAGUUCUCCGAGCUGAUCAGACAACUGAUACAGAGAUUGGAAGAGGAGACUGACAGCUGAGAACAGCUGUCUGGGCGUGCCUUACACGAACUGCUUUCCGCCCAUACAAACCAGGAUUUCACACGCAGUGGAGUAGACCGUUCGGGUCCCACAUGCAUCGGAGGGGCCACAUGUAUGAAGGAGCCGAAGAGCAAGCUUCCCACUUACGUGAAAGGUACCAGUGAUGUGGGGUGUUGGAAGUGAUCGCGUAUGAUUCAUGUGUUUGUGGAGAAGUGUCUGGUGGUGCGGUCGUGUCUGCGGUGAUUUACCGUCGGUUUUCAUGGAGGCGCAUGUAACUAAAUAGGCGUGUGCGAUGACUGAGUGUGCAAGGGCCAUUUGGGCAACUGAAGCGAUGACGUCUGGUGUAUGUCGGUGCCCCAGGCGCUGGUUUGGCAGUCUGUGCGAUGGGUUUGCAAGUGACCAGCCAGGCUGAUGCGUGAGGGGCGGGGAUGGUGAACCAGUUGUCUUUGGAAUACCGCCCGUGGUGGGUACGCUGAUCCAUGGAAAGUUGAUUGGGCUGGGGAUGGGAAGGUUGUUCGAUGUGCAAAAGUAUUAGGUGUGUUAAUACUGCGGUGGAUCCCUCUGUUGCGCAUACGCAUGUAACCGAAUAGGCCCUCCAAACGCACACGCAGGGGGAAGCGGCUGAGAUCUCACAUAUGUGGGAGAAGGCCACUAAAGAAUCCUUGCAGUCUGACCCAGUCGGCCACUCAACACACACAAACACAUAACUAGACUGAUUGCGUGGUUAGACCUUUGCCAAUUGCUGUGGUCAGUAACAAUCUGUAACACUGUUUCUUCGAUCGAACUAAUAGGACCGUCUGCACCAAUGACUUUGAGCAAAAAAUUGCUUAUGCUCUACACUGUAGGCGAUUCAAAAGCUAGCCUAGGAUUGGCCCGGUCGCUUUCAUCGCAUACUUGGUGUACCAUAUGUCAGCGUACACUGAGCGCGGCCAGAUGGUGACUUAGAUCAGGCACGGUAAACGAUUGCCUUUACCGCUCAGUCGAGUCCGGCAAAACGACGAGUCUGACUAGGAAUGAGGAAUUCGUUAGUCUUCUUUUAAGUGAUAAAUGGCUGUGAUUUAUGUGCGAUUUUCUCAUUUUUUUGAGAGUGCUCAGCUGGCUUGUAGCCUAACCAUGCAGUUAUCAUGCCCAUCCUCCCGCUCCCUUUGGAAGUUCCGAAUACUUUGCCAAGUCUUACGUCCAGCGGGUUGGAUUGACUCUCCGCUCCCAAGUCGACAACUAUGAAUGAAGCUAGCUAACUUAAUCUCAACAGUUCCUUAAGUGUAAGGUGAUUCCAGACUAACAGCACAGGUGGUAGCCAAAAGCCCGUACACGCGUGUUUCGCCGAUAUUCUGCCGCUGCAUGACACAGCUGCGAGGCGUUCGGCUCGUCUGUGGGUCCUUCAGCAUUCUCUGUCUGUUUUCUGGUGGUUACUGCAAUUUAGGAAUUGUUGCUUUUUAAUUUCCUCAGAAAUUAACUGCGAACUUGGAGUAGAUCAGUAUAUUUAGAUCUAUAGGCUCAGACCAAAGUUUUUAUGUGUGUACCCCCCUUCCACUAAUUCAUGUCAUUAGCGUCUAACCCAUUAUGCCACUUAUCAACUUCGCUCAUAUUUGUCAGUCGCCUCGUAGGUAGCGUCCUGCGCGUCCAUCCACUUGUAAAUGCAGUUUCCCCCUAAAAUAUGAGAUAUAUUAACAGUUGUGGAAGCAGAUGCUAGGCAUGUAGUCUGUCGCGCAGCCUCGUCUCCUUAGGUCGUUACGAAAGUUCAGCAUAGUGUGCGCGUCUUUUCGCCGAGUCUUAGAGUGGACUCGUUGCGUAAUACUCAACACCCCCCCUUUCACACCUGCCUGAGCACGUCUGCAACUCCGUAUGUCACAGCAAAAUGCCACGCCAUAAGCUUGGUCAAAUUUAUGCCUCCAAACGCUGUCACUGAACAAAACUCUGUCCCACCUCGAAAACAGAGCUUGGAUAAAAACGGAUGGGGUGAUCGUAUUGAUUUCGAAAAGUACCUCUUGGUAUACGAAACUUGGAUAAAUCGUAUGUCUGCUUCCAUAAGUUCACUAAUCCUCCAUGGCAUACUUAUGAUUAACUAAUUGACUGGCGUAACUGACAUUUCAGUCCAGGUUUGAAUCAAACCAACUUUUCGGCCUGUUGAUCUAGUUAUAGACUGCAUCGUCUUAAGUACUUCCUCGUGUGUAUUUAUGAUUGGGCCGGCCAUGGAAUGGUUCUUUCCCGUCUCUCUUGAAGAGGAUCAGCUUUGCCAUCCUAUAACUAAGUCCUGCAUUGAUCGGUACCUUUCCUUCUCUCAGUGCGCUGAAAUACUCAUCAUCAACUAGGAAUAGACCCACACUCGUGUACAGGCUUCUCGAAGCAAGCGAGCUCCAUACUGGUGGUAAAGCUCACAAACAGGCAACCAACAACUACAAGUUGUGGCUAGGGUUAUGAUUGAAUGAAGACAAAAUAAACCCUAAACAGGAUUGCAUAAAUCUACCCGCAUUCUCUGUCGUCGCUUUUCUCUGCUAUACUCGUCAUCAUUAUAGUUUGCAUUUCGACUCACGAGUUCUCUUCUACCAUUUGUCUGUAUUACACCACAUACAUAGAUUGACCCAGCACUAACACGGACUCCUUGUCGGUUGUCCUCCAGCUGGGCCGCCAUUUGUCAACCUGAACUACUCAACUCACGCAUGGUUAAUGCAGCAAGUUUAGACAGGUGUAUCGUUGAGGAGUGAACACGACCAAGUCUCUUCUCACUUGCUUCCUGAAACUCGUUUUCUAGUGUACAGGGUACCCGUCUCAGGCGUCUACUUCUGAAACCAAGCCUAUUUACAUGUGCGCAAAGUUGCUGGAAAUUGACCCAGUUAUGCCUAUCCAUAGCUCACUGUUCGCCUGCCUCUAUUCAGCUGCACCAGUUAGUGCGGUCUGUACACUAAUGGGCCAUUUGCGGUUUGGACAGGAAGUAUCCAUAACCAGAGGCCCUGAACUGCGUCCGUUGUAGCAUCGAGGCUUAAGGUGUGAAAACGAGGCCCGAUUAAAUCGAUAAAAUCGGUGUACUUACUGUGCGACGUUUCAAGCAUAAAGGUCAACUGCCCAUCUUCAGUCUGAUAUGUCCUUUGCAGGGUAUGUUCUAUAAGGUUUGCGUGGCGUCGCAUUUACCGCCUGGUCGUCAGAUAUGCAGAUCUAGCAAUGGUGUUUUGCACGGUGAGCGGUCCAGCCAUACCUCCAUCAUACGAAUUGGGGGGUUUGUAUACGCAAGAAAAUUUGGCCUUGCAGUAUCUCACUAAGGUACAUUUGUGUGCCUCCCUUCUAGGACUGUCGUUCGGCACACUGUUACAGUCGACGCCUUCCCUCUCAUUGCUUAUCCAGCCCUCUCAGUGAGCAAGAAGAACGCCCAACUGGUAAGUUUUUAGACUCUUUCUUCAUUAUUUGCCACUGUUAGGGUCCAGAAUUAUAGGGAGAAAGUAGUUUGUUCUAAAUGGUGUGCCAGAGUAAUGUCUCUUUGUGAAAGCCGUAGGUGCCCUUUAAAAUGUCUCCAUUAUUCAGUUACAGUGUGGUAGUCCUAUUAUCUUUAUUAACUAAUAAUGAAACGACACAUGCCCCUUACUCACAUUCUGCACACUUAUUCUCAGGGUCGCGAAGCCCUUCUUUGGGUGGCAGAAAAUCGUUCGGACAAUUUUAUGAGCUCGGUCGUGCAGUUUAAGUCAAUGGAAGUGCCUGUGAUCCCUGAACGCCCUCCCACCCAGCCCAAACGAUUCGGUCGGCAUUCCAGUCUUUCGCUUCUCGACCGCGUCAGAUCCCUUAAUUUGAGGGGCUUCGUUGGGCCCCUUGUGGCUCGCGCCGUCUCCUCGGAACCCUGCACCCCAGCCCCUCAAAAGUCAGACUCUUUUGCCGCUUCGCAUCAUGGAAGUAUCCAGUCAACGCGUUCCAGCCCGGCACUUCUCUCAGUCCUGUCGUCCUUUGAUCUUUUCAAUCCCUCCAACCUAGUUGAUCUUACCUUUUCUACCGUUGAAAGCCACCUGGAACGGGUUUCUUCCGAUGUAACUGCCCUAACUGAGUCUCUUCGCGCUCGAUGUCAACGGGUUGCCGAGAGGUUUUCAAAAAUUGACGAGUACUUCUUGAUAAUGUGA